AUGUUCGCUCCGCCCAAGAGUCGCAAUGAUCUCCAGAUCGGUAUUCUCUGUGCCCUUUCUGUCGAGUACGAUGCCAUGAGCUAUGCCGUCGACGAAUUCUGGGACGAAGUCAAUCUUGGAAGGUCAUCCGCAGACCCGAACUCUUACACAUAUGGCCGCAUUGGGGAUGUCAAUGUCGUUCUUCUUGUUCUCUCCAGGAUAGGGAAGGUCGCUGCCGCGAGCGCAACCGUCCACCUUCGUUAUUCCUUUCCAAACCUCGAACUUCUUUUGGUGGUUGGAGUCUGUGGUGGUGUUCCUGAACCCCAAUCGGGCAACAAAAUCUUUCUCGGCGACGUCGUUAUCGGCAAAGCCAUAGUUCAGUAUGACGUGGAGAGCCCCUGCGAAAGAGAUACAUUUGGCGAAGGCUUCGGAAUGCCUAGGAAGAAAAUUCGUAAUUUCAUGACGUCCCUCGAAAGUAAUCGAAUCCAAAGGAGGAUUGAAACGAAGGCAGCUGCAUACUUAGAGGAACUUCAAUCGCGCGCCAAGGGAAAACGGCGAGCUGCCAAUUACCAAUACCCGGGGGCGGAAAAGGACCGUCUACUCACUCCCUCAUACAAGUGCAAACAUCACACACCUUAUGAUAUACGCCCGAACAACCCAGGUGAGGUGUGUGAUGCGAAACGCAAAGUGUUGUGUCGCGGAUUCGCGUGUGGUGAACAGCAACUCGUUGUGCGCAACCUGAGCUUCGACCAGAACUGGGAAAAGGUCACUCGAUUCGAAACACCAAGUCCGGCUGUUAUCAUCGGAAAUAUUGGCUCCGGAGACACAGUGCUCAGGUCCGCCAAAGAGCGAGAAAGACUUGCGAAAAUUUAUGAUCUCGUGGCAUUCGAGAUGGAGGGCGCCGGUGCUUGGGAUCAACUUCCGUCCAUUGUCGUUAAGGGUGUCUGCGACUAUGCUGAUCAUUUCAAGAACAAAGAAUGGCAAAACUUUGCUGCUGCAACGGCCGCGGCAGUAUCAAAGGCGCUGAUUGAGCAGUAUCCAAGGGCAGAGAAGCCUGAUACUCAAAUCGUUGAAUCAGUUGAUGAGAUUCACCAGGGAUCCGUUUAUGUUUGGGUCAGCUUUUUAUGCGUAUGUGUUAUUGUGACUGGAGUGCAUUUGAGUGGUGGACAACAAGUUUUCAAGUUUAGAUAA